AUGGAGGAGGGGACGACGCCAUCUCCUGCUUCUCGUCCCCCGCUUCCUCGCCCUCCUAGCUCCGAUGACAAGGCCUUCUCCUCCGCCCUCGUCACCUACAUUGUGCAGGUCCCCAAAGAUCAGAUCUACCGCAUCCCGCCCAAAGAGAAUGCUCGUCUCGCAGAGGAAUAUCGCGCCCAUCUCGCCGCACUGCGAAAAAAGCGCUCUCCUUGCCUGAACUUCUUGCUCCGCUUCCUCUGCAUCUUGAUCUCCAUAGCCCUUCCUCUCCUCAUCGCCACCCUCAUCUUCUACAUUGUCGUCCGCCCAUCUGCUCCCAUCUUCAACAUCGAUCGCGUUGUAAUUGACUCGAAAACUCAGCGCGAGAUCUUAAUGGAUGUUACAAAUCCAAGUAUUGGUAUGGGAUACUUGAUCGAGAAGAGCAUUGCGCGAGCGGCGAAGCUUAGUUAUAAAGAGAGAAAUUUGGCGGAUGGAGAGUCGCCCCAAUUAAACUUGAAGGCCAGGGAGUCGAGAAGUUUCAGCAUGGCGCUUCAUGGGGUGAAGAAGGCUGUCAUGGAGGAAGCGGAGAAGAGUCUACAGGGAUCGAAGCAGGCGGUGCUGCUAAGAUUGACGGUGGCAACGCCGGUGAGGGUGGAGAUUUGGGGUGUGACACUGUGGCGGAUGAAGAUGGAGGUGGAGUGUGAUGUGAAGGUCAUGAAGAGUUCAGUGAAGACGACGACAAAGGUGAUGUCUCAAGAGUGCAAGGUUGCAAUAAAUUUAUUGAGGUUGUCAUGA